AUGGCGUCCUCUCUACUAACCAUCGGUCCCUAUAGGCAUCGUAAGGACGUUAGCAGACAGCAGGUGCUACUGAAGUAUCUGAUUUUGGGAUACAUUGCUGCUGGAACUUAUGGUAAAGUGUAUAAAGCACGGUACAAGACUGUGUUGGGAAAUGAGGGUGAUGAAUCCGAUCAUGUUGAGGCAGUAGAUCCACUCAGAAUGCCCCCUAAGUUUGAUGUCAAUACUGGGGACGAAGAUGUUCAAUUCUUUGCCAUCAAGAAGUUCAAAAGCGACAACCAUCUGUCUGCUAAAGCCGCGGGAGCAGCCGGACAAAACGGACAUGACAUAAACGGAAACGAAAUAGUGCACUACACGGGUAUCUCGCAAUCUGCUAUUCGUGAGAUGUCUCUUUGUCGAGAGCUCAACCACAAGAACAUUACCAAGCUUAUGGAGAUUAUACUAGAGAACAAGUCAAUCUACAUGAUCUUUGAAUUCUUCGAGCAUGAUCUUCUUCAAAUCAUUCAUUCUCACUCGCAUCCCGAGAUCAAGCCAAUUCCUGAACAUACUGUGAAGUCAUUGAUAUGGCAGGUCCUCAAUGGAGUCACAUUCUUGCACAAGAACUGGAUCGUCCAUCGAGAUUUAAAGCCUGCUAACAUCAUGGUGUCAAGCGAUGGAGUAGUGAAAAUCGGAGAUCUUGGACUUGCCAGAAAGUUCAAUAAUCCACUACAGAGUCUUUAUACUGGUGAUAAAGUCGUCGUUACCAUUUGGUACCGUGCUCCUGAGCUUCUAUUAGGUGCUCGCUACUACACCCCUGCUAUCGAUCUUUGGGCAGUGGGCUGCAUUCUUGCUGAGCUUCUAUCUUUGCGACCCAUCUUUAAGGGAGAAGAGGCAAAGAUUGACCUCAACAACAAGAAAACGAUACCUUUCCAAAAAAGUCAACUUCAGAAGAUAUUUGAGAUAUUGGGGACACCAACGACAGAAAUGUGGCCCAAUAUCCAGAAAUACCCGGACUUUUUCAUAUUCCACCAGUUGUUUGUUCAUGGGAACCCUACAACCUACUCGCCUAAUCUCUCGAAAUGGUACAAUGUAAUUGGGGGCAAAAACAAGAAUUGCCUUGGCUUGUUGCGAGACUUAUUUCAAUAUGAUCCAUCGCUCCGUAUUUCUGCAGAUGAAGCUCUUGUACAUCCGUUUUUCCUAGAAAACUCCAAGGUACGCGAGAAUGCUUUUGAAGGAUUAAACGUGAAAUAUCCCAGACGUCGUAUCUAUACAGAUGACAUUGAUAUCACAUCUCAUAACAAUAAUUUCAACACUGGCAAGAGGCAUAAUGACGAGGCAGCAGGCAGAAAGAGAGCACGGUAG